AACCACUUACAACUCCAGGCUGAAGAGAAGGGGGAAACUUUAGCGUGCAGUGCCGCAGAGAGGUCUGUGUCUCUCUCGAGCGUUUUCUUGUUCCACGGGGCCCAUCCGGUGGACUCUUUGGAAGCGCCCCGAAUCGUUUCUCGGGUACUGGUCUCUCAUGGUAGGUGCCUUCCAACCCAGCUGGGGAGAAAGGUAGCUCAGAACUGCGGAGGCAUUGCUGGAGCUGAUAUUUCGCAUGGACUUUUGGCAGUUUGGAAAUGCAAAGCGAUUGCUACCUUGUAUCUGCAGUCGGGGCAACGGGGUGCUCAGCAACGUUAGCGAAUUUUUGGUAGCAAUGGAUCGUCGGUGAAACGAAAACCAACUUGGCUAUUUUCGGGAUGUUUGCAUCAUGAUUUUGGGUUUACAAAUCCAGAGUGAAAAUGGCUGUCUAGAGCAAAAUGUGCAAAAAGGGAAAAGCGAGAAAAGGGAGUGAAUGUUGAGUCUCAAAUACAACUUCCGUAUAUUAAAACCUGGCGGAAUAAUCAAGCCUGAAAAGUACAAUCAUGAAUUCUGGAGUUGUCUUGAAAUAUGGAAAUGACUCCUCUGCGGAGCUGAGUGAGCUCCAUUUAGCAGCCCUGGCAUCUCUGAAAGGAGACAUAGUGGAGCUUAAUAAUCGUCUGCAGCAAACAGAAAGAGAAAGAGAUCUCUUGGAAAAGAAAUUGGCAAAGGCACAGGGAGAACAAUCCCAUCUCAUGAAAGAACAUGAAGAUGUUCAGGAACAGAUGACCCUGCGCUACGAGGAGCGAAUCACAGAACUCCACAGCAUCAUUGCUGAGCUAAAUAAGAAGAUUGACCGCCUCCAAGGAACAACGAUCAGGGAAGAAGAUGAGUAUUCAGAGUUUCGAUCAGAACUCAGCCAAAGUCAACAAGAAGUCAAUGAGGAUUCUCGAAGCUUGGAUCAAGACCAGACAUCUGUCUCCAUCCCUGAGAAUCAAUCCACCAUGGUCACUGCUGACAUGGAUAAUUGCAGUGAUCUCAAUUCAGAAUUGCAAAGAGUACUGACUGGUCUGGAGAAUGUCGUCUGUGGGAGAAAGAAGAGUAGCUGUGGGCUCUCAGUGGCUGAAGUGGACAGACAUAUUGAACAGCUCACCACUGCAAGUGAACACUGUGAUUUGGCUAUUAAGACAGUUGAAGAGAUUGAAGGAGUAUUGGGUCGGGAUCUCUAUCCCAAUUUGGCUGAAGAGAGAUCUCGAUGUGAAAAAGAACUGGCUGGCCUAAGAGAAGAGAAUGAAAGCCUGACUGCCAUGCUGUGUAGCAAAGAGGAAGAACUCAACAGGACCAAAGCCACCAUGAAUGCUAUCCGGGAGGAGAGAGACAGGCUACGAAGAAGGGUUCGAGAACUACAAACACGCUUACAGAGUGUCCAGGCAUCAGGGCCCUCCAGUCCAGGUCGUCUCACCUCUACUAACCGACCAAUUAAUCCCAGCACUGGAGAGCUGAGCACCAGCAGUAGCAGCAAUGACAUCCCCAUUGCCAAGAUUGCUGAGAGAGUGAAACUGUCGAAGACAAGGUCAGAGUCUUCCUCAUCUGAUCGGCCCAUCUUAGGAUCGGAAAUCAGCAGUAUAGGGGUGUCUGGCAGUGUGGCAGAGCACCUGGCCCACUCUCUGCAGGACUGUUCCAAUAUCCAGGAGAUUUUCCAGACCCUCUAUUCACAUGGAUCUGCCAUCUCAGAAAGUAAAAUUCGAGAAUUUGAAGUAGAGACGGAGAGAUUAAACAGUCGAAUAGAGCACCUGAAAUCUCAGAAUGAUCUGCUGACCAUAACACUGGAGGAGUGCAAAAGCAAUGCUGAAAGGAUGAGCAUGCUGGUGGGGAAGUAUGAGUCCAAUGCCACAGCUUUGAGGCUUGCAUUGCAAUAUAGUGAGCAAUGCAUAGAAGCCUAUGAACUCCUGUUGGCACUAGCAGAAAGUGAACAGUCUCUUAUCCUUGGACAGUUCCGAGCGGCAGGUGUGGGAUCUGUUGGGGACCAGACAAGAGAUGAAAAUGUUACCCAGAUGCUCAAGCAUGCUCAUGAUUGCCGGAAGACAGCUGAGAAUGCCGCCAAAGCCCUGCUGAUGAAGCUGGAUGGGAGCUGUGGGGGAGCAUUCACUGUCCCUGGCUGCAGUGUGCAGCCUUGGGAGAGCCUUUCUUCUAAUAGCCAUACCAGCACAACCAGCUCCACUGCUAGUAGCUGUGAUACGGAGUUCACCAAGGAAGACGAGCAGAGGCUAAAGGAUUAUAUUCAACAGCUCAAGAAUGACAGGGCAGCUGUCAAGCUGACCAUGUUAGAGUUGGAAAGCAUCCAUAUUGAUCCUCUUAGUUACGAUGUCAAGCCUCGAGGAGAUAGUCAGAGACUAGACCUAGAAAAUGCUGUGCUGAUGCAGGAGCUGAUGGCAAUGAAGGAGGAAAUGGCUGAGCUGAAAGCCCAGUUAUACCUACUGGAGAAAGAGAAGAAAGCUCUUGAACUGAAGCUGAGUACCCGAGAGGCCCAGGAACAAGCAUAUUUGGUGCAUAUUGAACAUCUCAAGUCUGAGGUGGAGGAACAGAAGGAACAAAAAAUGAGGUCACUCAGUUCCACCAGCAGUGGAAGCAAAGAAAAAUCUGGCAAGGAGUGUAUGGAUGGAGCCUCAUCUGUGCUAUCACUAUCUGAGCUGAGGACAACGUUUAGCGAGAAUGAUUUGGCGGCAGAAGUUACCAAUGCACUGCGACGGGAGAAGAAACUGAAGGCCAGAGUACAGGAGCUGGUGAGUGCCUUGGAAAGACUGACAAAGAGUAGUGAAAUCCGACACCAGCAGUCUGCUGAGUUUGUUAAUGAUCUGAAAAGAGCUAACAGUAACUUGGUGGCUGCAUAUGAGAAAGCAAAGAAGAAGCACCAAAAUAAACUGAAGAAGCUGGAGUCUCAGAUGAUGGCCAUGGUGGAGAGACAUGAAACCCAAGUGAGGAUGCUCAAGCAGAGAAUAGCUCUGCUGGAGGAAGAAAACUCAAGGCCCCACACCAAUGAGACCUCACUUUAAAAGGCUUUUGGGAACCAAAAUUCUGCCCACAGAAGCUAAUCUGGAGAGAAGGACCAGAAGAGUUAAACGUACCUUCCGGGAUCUACCAAAGGAAGGCUUGCAGGUAGGGGCAGUAUCUGUCAAGUUGACCUCUACCUAAGGGCAUGGUCUUGUCGGGUCCUCUUGGAGAGCUUCCCAAAGACAAUGGUGGUUGGCCACAUAUGUACUGUGCUUAAAGGGAAUGCACCUCACACCAAGGUCCAAAGGAAAAACUGUCAAUGAUAAAUACACGUUUCUUAUGUUCAGGGUACCCUGGCCUUCCAUACUUCACAGGUGAUUGACUCCCAACAGAUUGGUUUUCAGCUUUCCCUCUUAUCACUCCCACCCUACCCACCGGCAAAAACAAACAAACAAAAACACCUUUAGCAGUCUUGGAGAUACUAUAUCAACUGAAUUAUUUGUUUUUCAGUAAUUUCAAUGUCUUCCCUCUUUUUGCCCAGGCAGUGGGCCCGCUUUUUUUUCCACCUGGCAACUCCAGUUCCCUUAGCUUUCCACCUAACGUGAGGUUAAGUCCUGACAUAAUAUGGGGCAGGUGUAUGUUAUGGUCUCAGGUGCCCAAGUGGUGCUUAUAGAGGUGCUUAUUGAGAUGAAGGCUGCAGUUCUCUGGCUGUCCUUCACAUUUGAGGUUUAUUUUACAACUCCAGAGGGUCUCACCUAAGUUGCCUUUCAUAUCUCUGAAGCUGAAACAGAGUUGUCAACAUGUCUCGUGUCAUUCAGAACGUGUGUCACUCACAAACAACAAGGCCAGGUUCUUUAGUGGAACAAUAUAAUCUGGAAACAAUAGAAAUUUAACAUCUGUCCUGCUAGCCCCUGGGGUUGAGAAGGGAGGCCUGUGUGAAACCUCCCUUUGUGAAUUUGGGAUUUGAGCUCCCACCUCACCCCUCCUUGCCACCAAAAAUAUAUAUAUAUAUAUAUAUAUAUAUAUAUAAAAUAAGUCUCUUGGACACUACAGUGUAAGCAAAAUGUUGUAUUUUUGUGGAUUCCUCAAAAAAGGCAUCUCUGCACUUUCCCAAAACAUUAAAUAUAUAUACUCAUAGCUCUGGGUAUAUGUUGGAUUAAAUACAUUUUGGCAGAGCUGUGCUAAAGGAGGCAGUUCUUGUUGUAGAAGGUGGAAUCCCCAAAUCCAAGGCACUUUUCUCCAUAUUUUCCCAUUAUACUUGUGAACAAGAGCAUGGCUUGUGGCCUCUUCAGUCAGGGAAAGUGGAGAUUAGCAGACAGUGACUAGAACCGGUAGGAAGGGCUCAGAUGAAGAGUUUAUGGGGCUAAAAGAGAUGCAUAGUUGCCCACAUACUUCUUAGGAGGUUUUCUCUUAGGUUAAAUUUGGAAUUAUUUUGUUUUGGUUUUUCCUAUUGAGAGUUUUCUACUCCCAUCUUACAUACAGUAGAUGCUUAAUAAACGUUUUGAAUGCUUAACCUUUCUACCAUCUUAAUCUCAUUUUUUCUGAUUAGUCCUCCUUCACUGACAUUUUCAAAUUUAAUUUGUGUCUGGGAUAUAGUGAUUUUUUAAAGGCCCAAUCUCAAAUUAGCUAAUAGCUAAUCCUGUAAUGGCAAUUUAUGAGAUGCCAUCCAAAGCUAUUUAUGAAGUUUUUUGUACUAUAAACUGAAGUGCAUGUAAAUAGUGAAUGACUAGGUAGGGAGCAGAAGCUGAAAUUGGUCUGUAGUUCACCCUGUUAUGAAAAAACAAAGGAUUUAUACCGAAUGAAAAAGAUUGAGGAUCCUAGCUAUAGAGGAAUAAUUCAUUUGAACAAAUAUUCAUUUGGUUGCAUUAUACUAAUUGCUAGGGACCAGACAGAAUGAAAUAAGACAGCCUAUGCCCUCAGGGAGCUUUCAGGAAAUAUAUAGAAAUAAGAAGAAAUGUAUUUGUUUCAUUUAAAGGGAUACUGUGCCCAUGAGCUUGUAUCUAAGAUCAAAAACAGGGAGGGACCAGCUCUUGUUUUCUCUACAAAAAUAAUAAGAGCUGGAAGACUCAGUCUUACAAGACUGUCAGAGCUAGAAAGCACCUCAGAGAUCUCUAAUCCAAGUAUCUUAUUUUUGUGCAGAAAUGCAAGUAAAAUGGCAUGCUUAAGGUAAGUAGCAAAGCCAGGCCUUAAACCUUGCUUUUUUCUACUACAUCAUAAAGUACUGAAGUUAUUGACCACAUUGAGCCAUUUGUUCCCCAAAAAACUACUAGUUGAUUACUCAUUUGGUAAUGCAAACCAACAUUAAGUCCUUCCUAUUCUCAUUAAUAAUAAUAGCUAGAAUUCAUGUAGUGCUUUAAAGUUUUACAAAGUGCUUUACUAAUAUUUUAUCCUCACAACAGCUGUGCAGAUGGAAACUGAGGCAAACAGAAAUUAUAUUAAUUACCCAGAUCAAAUAGUUAGAAAAUGUCUGAGGCUAGAUUUGAACUCAGGUUUUCCUAACUUACAUCAGGCCCAGCAUUUUAACUGCCCCUUUGUAAAUAUACACUAAAGACAUGCAUACCACUUAAUGUACUGGGUGAGAAACUUCUUCCAGGGAAAAAUGGAAUAGUGUUGCUUUCACAGUUGUCUAAGGAAGUAGAGCACAAAAGGGAUAAUUUUUCUUUCCCUUUACUUUCCAAAUACUUGAAAAGAGUAACCCCCAGCCAAAGCUAGAACUUUGACAGUUCAUUUAAAUAUAUAUUUUUUAUUUUUUUAUUUCGGGCAGUGGUCCAGACUUGUGCUUUCAGUUUUGUGAAAAGUUGCUUCAUUGAUACAGACCAGCAAUUCCUCUGUCUGCAUCUUAGUCAGUGUCUAGGGCACAAAAAGGAUAACUUACUUGCCCAUGUUCAGACAUAGCCAGUAUGUGUCAGAGGUAGGAAUGGAACCUACCUCUUUCUGCCUCAAAGCUUUCCCUUGCCACGCUGCCUCUUUCGUGGUUAGAUUUUCUCAAACACUGAUUCCAAAUAUUCAUGAAAAUUGGUGCUAAAGUCUUUUGUAUAAUAAACUAGGCCCACUUUGAUUUUUUUUAAAUUAAGCAUAACAUUAUGUUUUAAAGGAUUAUCUCUGGUUUGGGUAGGGUAUAAACAAUAGGGUGAAGACAGUAGUCUAUGGUACCUUCCAGUUAUAGGAUUCUGUGACAGUUAUUUGACCAGAGACCUUUAUUUCUGUUUUUCCAGGUUCCAGCUAAUAUCUAUCAGAUAAAUCAUUGUGUCAUUAUUAUAGUUCUAAUUCACUGUUAUCAAGGUGUGUAAAACUUUAGAGCCUCUCCCCACCCUCCAAAAACAAAAUAAAAUAAAAUACAUGGUUUUUUUUUUCCUCCCUGAAUUUUAUGUUUAAAGUAAGCUGCCCUGCCCCUUCUUUUACUAUUUUCACCAGGGUGAGGUGGGGAAGCAUAUUUCUUAUUUUGUUAGGGCAUUGCUAUAACAAAUGUUUCCAUGGGCUAGACACUGAAUAUAGUCAGGUACCUUUUUUAUUCUUUUCUAGUGAUGGGUAAAGAGGGUGUUAAGAGGGAGGGGAGUGCAGUGGAGAGACACAAGCCCAGGGAUUUCAUUCUAUCACUGCAAAUCAGCCCGUCUUAGCCGCCUGGGAACCCAGAGGCCAAAAAGUACAUCAAGAAAAGAUUUUUCCUUUGACCCUAAAGUUAAUAAUCCUCAAGCCUUAAUUGUUUUUUUCCCUAGACUAGCCUUUUAUAACUGGAAUGGUUAAGAGAAGAGAUGCCUAAUUUUAUUUGUCCUGUUUGGAAAAAAAAAAA